AUGCGCGCUCGCGCGCGUGCCGCCACCGACCGUCGCGCGCACGUCGCCUACGGUGCCGCGCCGUUCGAACGCGCGCGGGAUCGCGUCGUGCGUCGUCGUUUCGUUCGUCAAAGAACGUUUCGUCGUCGAAAAGCACAUUCGAGCUCAGACGCCGACGACGACGCGUCUACGUGCUCGACGGCGAGUGCGCCGUACGCGUUUGAGGGUGUGGAACGUCUGUACGGCACGGAGAAGUACGAGCGUCUCGCUCGCGCGCACGUCGUCGUGGUCGGUCUCGGAGGAGUUGGGAGCUGGGCGGCGGAGGCGCUCGCGCGCACGGGAGUCGGGGCUUUGACCCUGAUAGAUCUCGAUUCCGUGUGCGAGACGAACGUGAAUCGGCAGGUGGAGGCGACGUUCGGGACGAUUGGGAAGUUUAAAACCGACGCGAUGGCGGCGAGGGUGAUGGACAUAAAUCCGCGGUGCGACGUGAAAAUCGUCAGGGACUUUGUGCAAGCGACGAACUGCGAGGAGAUAUUCGAGCGCGGUGCAGGGGCGGAGGUGGCGGCGGGAAAUGAGUUGGGUACCGAUUGGCGACGACCGGAUUACGUCUUGGACGCCAUCGAUAAGGAGGGAGAUAAGGCUGCGAUCACGGCGUAUUGCGUGUACUCCAGGAUUCCGGUUUGCGUCACCGGCGGC